AUGGGGCCAAAGACGGAACUUUUCAAAGGGGAUGGGACGGCAGAAAAAGCGAACGUCUGGCUGAGACAGCUAGAACAAAUGUGGAAGUUCGAUGCGAAGGAUGAUGAAAAAAGAUGGAGAUUCGAAAGAGCGCUGUACCCGGGGAGCCCCGCCGAAGUUUGGUACAAAGCCCUGCCGGGCACUGACAAGACGGACUGGCCCAAGAUCACCGCGGCCUUCGAGAAGAAAUGGCCACCACCAUCAUACACCGCACGGGAGAACUCGGAAGUGAUGAAAGACUUAAAAGAAAACGUGCUGGAAGCAAGGACAGUGGGGGACAUGGUGGAGGACGAGGAUGGGACACGCAUCCCUGCCCACCGUGCAUGGGCGCAGAUCGCAAGACGCCUGGUCAACGACCUACAAGGGGGCGAUCCCUCAAUGCUGCUGAUGGGAGAAAUCAGAGCAACGCUACCCCCUGGGUUCUGCCGCCUAAUCUCGGAAGAAGCAACGAAGAAGACGUGGGAUGCAUGGUUUGCAGCGUUCGAAGCAAUCUCGAUCUAUGCCAUCAACGACUGGAUGGCAGAGAACAGGAUCGAGCGACAGGAGGGCCCAACGGCAACCUCGGGUUCAGUGCGCGAGGGCGCUGAAUCCAUUGUGGCGAACCUAGCGCACGCCCUGGAUGUGACCCACAUCCUCUCACCGACCCGCCCACGCCACAGACAAACGUUCCAACUGUCAAGCACGCGCAUCCCGGCGCCGACAUUUACAGCACAAACCCCGCCGGCACAGACGCAGCAACAAGUCCAGCAGCAACGCCCAAUGGCAAUGCCAACGACGCCGGUACGACAGCUGCCCCCACACAUGACGGGAACAAGCCAAUGGACGGGAACAACGGUGCGACCCUCCAGCGCAUUCGGCAGGGACAUCUUCGCCUCGCCCAUCAGUCCAUCCGCAGGCCGUGGCCCGAUCCAGAGCGCAAAGCCCACAACACCACCGCUGGGGAACGAGGAGACGGCGAGGGCGCUGACACAGACCGCCCACCUAUACAACAAGGAUGCGCAAAGCCUCCGCAAAUACCAGAUCGACUUCGCUGCCUGGCAAAACGGCAAUCAGGACGUGCGGGUGUUCCCCUUCUCGCCAGGAACCCUCCCACCUGGAUCACGAGAAUGCUACCGAUGCGGCCUCCGAGACCCCCCACAUGGAGCAGGGAGCUGCGCUGCACCACUUCCGGUGCCAACCGUCGAGUCGAAUAUCAGGCGGUGGGUUCACUCAGUGAUAUACCCCCUCGCCAAGCGGGGGCAGUGCCAAUCAACGCCAUCUUCGGCGAGCUGGACGCAAACGAACCCAUUGACUUCGGUGAGCAUGGAGAAGAAGAGGAACAGGGAAAUGGGGAGGAGCACACCGUAUGAGGGGUGGUGUUGCUCCUGA